AGCUGUCUAGUUGGAAGCUCUUGUACGAAAUCAUUUAUUGAAGUUUUCUUUGGUUAAUUUUAUAUUUAUUGUGACUUUAAUGUUCUGAAUUGGUUUCUCAGUUCUAAUUUUACAAAGGCGUAAUGUUUAUGUCGAUAUUAAAAGAAUUAGUUCGGAGAGAAGACUGAGAAUGGCUAAUCAGACUGCGAAUUACUGUUUGAUUACGUUAUUGUUCGUUUUGUUUAGUGCGAUCGCGUAUGCAGUUCCUCAUGAUGAAAACAACAAAACUGCAGCAUUUAAAUGUGACGAGAAUGGUGACUGUCCAUCCAGUUCUACGGAUUGUCAUGAAAUAUGUGGCUGCGACAGGUCUGGGUUCAUGGCGAUACAAUACAACGAAACUACAAAGACGUGUGUUGUAAGUUUCAGACAUCUGAUGAUCGCUGAAAUAAAAAUAUAUGACAGCCAAGAUAAAGAUUCGGAGGAUGGAGGAACCAUUGCCGGAGGAGGUACCAUGUCAAAUAAAAUACGACUCGAAUCCGAGAAAAUUUUCAACUCGAUCAUGAUAUCGGUGAUAUUAUUUAUUACUUGCUGUGCUGUUUGCGUUGUAGCAGCGUGUUGCUACUGUUGCAGAAUUAGUUACAGUGAUUAUGCGCUGAAAAAGGACGUAAAGGCGUUGGCGAAUAAAUUAAAUAGAGAUGGAAAAUUACGUAAGAUUUCAAGAAAGCAACCGCAGACGCAAGCUAAUCAAAGCUGCAAUAUUGUAUGUGAAGAUGCUGGUGUGUUUGUGGUCUAAUGUUUUUUUCUUCAAAUUAAAGUUAUAACAUAAAUGAUUCUAAUAAAUACCCC